CUAUCCUACCCUUCCUUAUCUUCCCUAGCAAGGUCCUUAUUACCUUAUAGUUUCACAAUCUACCUUAGGAUUAGGUAAUUAAGGUUAGUCCUAAUAGCUAGAUGUUAAAUAAGCUUAGUAUUGCCUAGCUAAAGCACUUUAAUACCUAUACAAAAGACUAGAAGGUGGGUGCACACAGGCUGCUAAUUGUGGACAGCUAUAAGAGCCACAGCUCACAUAAGUUCUACAAACACUGUAAGGAAGAGAAGAUUAUUAUUCUCUGUAUGCCUGCUUACUUGUUGCAUCUGCUGCAGCCACUUAAUAUUAAGAAGGAGGCUUUCCUACCAGCCUUUAAAGCAGCUUUUAAGAGGUUAAUUACAAAGGAGAACAUCUAUGCAGGCUUUAGGGGCGCUAGACUAGUUCUACACAACCUAGAGGCAGUGAUAUUAAAGCUUGAUUUAACGCUAGUUUGUAAGCGUGUACAACUACACAGAGAUUCCCUAGUUUCUCCUCUGCUUAGAGCAGUUAAGCAGCUGAAUAAGGGCAUUGCACAGAUAGGGCAUGAUAGCGCAGUAGAGAGUCUUAUAGUAGGUGAGGUAGCUAAUUUAAUAGCUAAAAGGGAGGGUAGUAGGCAGCAGGGGGGCAGAGAGCCUGCAAAGAAGGUGCGCACACAGAGGCGUUGCGGACGUUGUAGAGAGACUGGCUACAACGCUCGCACCUGUGCAGUUGAAAUUGUAGAUGCAUCUAAUAGUAAUAAGUCUAAAUAGUAUCUCUAUCACCUGCAAAUUGCAGUAAGUGGUGGUGGUGUUGCAGCAUAUGCAUUGCAAUCAUCUUAACUCUGUUAGGUGGACCACUCGCUUGGGUUGGACCGCUCGCUUGUGAA